GUCACUUGGUGGUGUCACUCGGUGGUUUUUUUUUUUUAAGAGCUUGGCCUUGGCACCUACUUACACUUGAGCUCACACAGGACAGGUGACACCGAAGGUCGGGCUGUUACAGGGCAGCAGGUGUCUCUACAGGAACCAUGCAAGAAACGAACAUGCAAGAAUCAGUGCCUAUCUUGGUCUCCUAUUUAAACUCCUUGACGGACAUUAAUCCCUCGUGGUCCUGCCAAAAUGACGCCCACGAGAAGUACCACCACUCGAACACCUUCUCCAACCUGCUGGGCCACGAGUACAGUACCACCAAAAACCUCGAGAUCCAGAGAUCGAACAACGUAGUAGAUAAGCCCCUUUUCCAUGAGGUCUCAAAUCCGACCGCCCACGGGUCGCUGAAGAUUGAAUACAGCCCCGCCUUCGGCAGGUACCUCGUGGCUUCCAGAGACAUUGACGCUGGGGACGUGGUGUUUAGGGAGAAGCCCCUGGUCCUCGCGCCCAAAGCCGGCACCGGGCCCACCUGUCUGAGGUGUCUCAAGAUUUUGGAAGACCCCUGGGAGGGCUGUGAUGGGUGUGGGGCGCCCUUGUGCUCGUCAGCUUGCCCAGGUGAUGGGCACUCUGCUGACGAAUGCAAGAUUGUCGCCAGACUUGGGCUCAGAGGCUGCAAGGACGUGUCCCUCGUUAAAAUGCUCAACGUUCUGUUGACCCCUCUGAGGACGCUCUUGCUCCUGAAGAACAAUUCGGCCGCGGCAGAGAUCGUGGCUGCCCUGCAGAGCAACAAGGAGGUGAGGCGGAACCUCCAAAUAGGCCAUUACAUAGAAGAACACAUCGUAGGGACCCUUCAGAAGCGGCUGAACCUCGACGUCAAGUCCGACGUCGUCCACCACAUUUGUGGGGUGUUCGACACGAACGCCUUCGAAGUCAGCGUGGACGACCGCAGGAGGGGCAGGGCGCUGUUUCCCCUGGGCGCCAUCAUGAACCACUCCUGCCUGCCCAACACUCAGCACUGGUUCACGGACGGCGUGCUGAUCGUGAGGGCCGUCACGGACAUCGCAGCUGGGGAGUCCAUCACGAACACGUACACCCCGAUGCUUCUGGGCACGCGAGGUCGGGCAGCGCACUUGGCGGCCACGAAGCUCUUCAGAUGCGCUUGCAAGCGCUGCCUCGACCCGACAGAGCUCGGCAGCCACGUCAGCUCCGUCUCGUGCAGAAGCUGUAGGAGUGACAGGGGCAGUGACAGCAGGAGCCUCGUGGUGCCACCAGACGGUGCCCUGAAAGACUGGCAGUGCCUGAAAUGUCAGAAGCGAAUGCCAGACGUUGCCGUGGAGACGAUGAUACGGGCGGCCAACUCCACCAGGAGUCGCGUGCCCUCCAACGACCUGGAAGCCCUUCGGGUCACUUCUGACCAUCUCAGGAUGAUGCUGGGCAAGAGGCAUUACAUCACGCUGGAGGUCAGGUAUGCCCUGAUGAACGCCAUCAUGAAGCAGCCUCUUCAGGAUAUCAAGGACGAUGACCUUGAAAAAGCCGUCGAAAUCUCAGGCGAAUUGCUUGAGAUCGCUUCUCUCAUCGACCCUGGAUUCUCUCGCUUCAGAGGACUUGUUUUACUGGCCAGGAUACAAGCGUCCACGGAGAAACUCAGGAGAACUUGCGGUUACGCCCCUCCCUGCAACGGCACUCCACACCAAUCGGAACUUGCUCGAUUCACAGAAGAAGAAGAAGAAGAAGAAAAUGAAUGAGAUGAAUGAGGCAUCUCCACGUCAAAAG